UACUAAAGCAAGUGGCACAUAACCUAUGUGGCAAACAAUGAUUGGAUCUUUCAAUACUUCUAGCAAUUCUCUUUCUUUUCUUUUUUUUCAGAUUUCAUUAUUUUCUCAAAAAUAAACUAACGCCAUUGUUGCGUAUCCAUCAACCACCUGUUACUAUCUCCUCAUUCAUAUUGUCUCUUUUCUUCUUCGUUUAUUCAAAGUAUUCGUUACCAUCAUUUCAAUGAUGGGUCUAUAUUAAGCUGGUGUUAUCAAUGGUAUAUUUGUUUUAGUAUGUGAUCAAAAGGGGAAGCCAUUAAUCAUUUGUUUCUUCUUUUCUUGUUUUCUUAUGGGGUUGCUUGAAUCUUUGUUGGGAAAUGAUGCAAGAAAGUUUCUCAAGAGAAAAGAUAGCGAUGCAGGAGAAGCAGUCGAAAAUUAUAGGUCGAGCGUUGGAAGAUCUGAGAAGCUCUGUAUACAGUGAUCUUAGAACUUCAGAAGGAGCAAAGCGACAGCAACAACGAUUUUGUGGACCGAUUGUGGCAAUGACCUUCAAUUUCAUGGUUGCUGUUGGGGUCAUUCUGACAAACAAAUUAGUGAUGGGACAAAUUGGAUUCAACUUUCCAAUCUUCCUCACAUUCAUCCAUUAUACAACUGCAUGGAUUCUGCUUGCGAUUUUUAAAGGGUUGUCUUUGCUUCCCAUAUCUCCUCCGUCUAAAACUACUCCUUUCACUUCCCUGUUCUCCUUAGGCGUUGUAAUGUCUUUCGCAUCUGGCCUUGCCAAUGCAAGCCUGAACCAUAACAGUGUCGGGUUCUAUCAGAUGGCUAAAAUUGCAGUCACUCCUACCAUUGUUCUUGCUGAGUUCGUCCUGUUCAGGAAAACUAUUUCUCAUAAAAAGAUUUUGUCUCUAGUACUUGUCUCAGCAGGCGUGGCUGUCGCAACAGUAACAGAUUUACAGUUCAACUUAUUUGGAGCUUGUAUUGCAAUUGCGUGGAUAAUUCCAAGUGCCAUAAACAAAAUUCUCUGGUCUAAUCUGCAACAGCAAGCCAAUUGGACAGCUCUUGCACUGAUGUGGAAGACCACGCCAGUGACGAUUCUGUUUUUAGUAGCAUUAAUGCCAUGGUUGGAUCCACCAGGAGUGUUAUUCUUCAAGUGGAAUCUCCACAAUUCAUCAGCAGUUUUCAUAUCAGCUCUCCUCGGUUUUCUCCUGCAAUGGUCUGGCGCUUUAGCUCUCGGGGCAACAUCUGCAACAUCUCAUGUGGUUCUAGGACAGUUUAAGACCUGUGUAAUACUGUUGGGGGGUCACCUAUUUUUCAAUUCAGAUCCAGGGUUUGUGAGCAUCGGUGGAGCUGUGGCAGCUUUAGGUGGAAUGUCAGCAUACACAUCACUUAACUUGCAAGAGUCGCGUGAAAAAGUCCUGAACAGCCAGCUCCUUAAGCAAACCUUACCUUUAUCAAAACCCAAAAUGGAACCCAAACCGGCUACUGAAGAUAGCACAGAGACAAAUGGAACAAAUACAGCAAAUGUCGUAUGAGGUUAGGAUUAAUCCUCUAGGGGACAAAAAGAGAGAGAGGGGAAGAGAGUACAAUGAUAGGAACUUUCAUUCAACUAAUGAAAGAAAUGUACAGAUGAAAUUGGUUACUUCUAGAUUAGAUUUUUUUUUUUUUUUUUUUUAAUUUUGAUUGUCCUUUUCGAGCAUAGCUGCUAAACAGCUAUAGGCAGAAGGGUCAUGCCCCAUCUUGUUCUGCUAGUAAAUACCUUUACUUGGGGCAGAAUUUUCAGCUUCCAACAUUAAGUUGGCUAGUUAUCACUAAACAUGAUCUCAAUAGGUUCAAGAUUCUUCAGAAGCUGUCUGAAAGUUCCUUGCAACUAAUGUCUAAUGUUUCAACAGACUCGAGACAAAUGAUUCCAGAUCCCAACACAAUAAGGUCUCUCAGGCUCUGAAUGUCCAAACUCCAAACAUGAACUCAAUGUAUCAAAUAAAUAAAUAAUGAUGAUAAUGAUCUUCAUAAUGAACUAGAGAAGUUCAUAAGAAUGUAUACUGUUAAUGAUACAUGUAUUAAGAUGAAGCCACAAAAAGAAAUUAUGUGCAUAUA